CCUAGGAACCCAUGGAGGUAACUUUUGAUCUGUGUGCAAGGAGUGAAGGGAAGAAACAAGCACCAGCCAUGUGGGUUUUUAGGUUAAUUGUCUUCACAUCUCUGGAGCUAACGCAGAUUGGAGCUUUUAUUUCAUCAUGUGAAAUCAAAAAAAUCAUGAGGAUGGAAGAAGAACUGUGUACCUCGGCACUUGCCCAGGAAGAAGCAAACAAAACAGCUGGAAAUGAAUUAUUGAGGAGUGCAGGCGGAUGCCUUGGCAUGUGGGAUAAUCUUACCUGUUGGCUGUCUUCUCCCGUCGGACAAACUGUUAGUGCACCCUGUCCCCGAGCCUUUCAAAUAGUUACCGGACAAACAGGGUUUAUGUAUCGUAAUUGCACCAGGGAAGGCUGGUCAGAAAAAUAUCCCAAACCAUAUAUUGCUUGUGGCUUAAAUGCCAAACAACUUAAUGCCCCUAUAACUGAAUGGGAAUCUAAGGUAUCUUAUCUAAUGAAAUUGGAGACCGUGUAUAUUGUUGGAAGCAGCAUCUCUCUCAUAGCUCUGGCAGCAGCCCUGGGCAUUUUAGCUUCUUUUCGGAGACUCCGCUGUACAAGGAAUUACAUCCACAUCCAGCUUUUUGCUUCUUUCAUCUUAAGGGUGACUGCAAACUUUAUCAAAGAUCCUAUACUGUCAGAGGAUACGGAUGAUGCUGUCUAUUGUGAAUUACACACAGGCAGGUGCAAGACGAUCAUAGCUUUUGUUAACUUCUGCAUCAUGGCAAAUUAUAGUUGGCUUCUUGUAGAAGGGAUUUAUCUCCACAGCCUGCUGGCCAUUUCUUUCUUCUCCGACAGAAAGUUCUUCUGGUGGUUUGUAGCUCUGGGAUGGGGUGCUCCUAAGUUGUUCGUAAUUUCAUGGGUCAUAGCCAGACUAUUCCAUGAAAAUGCUGGGUGCUGGGAUAUGCAUCUUACAUAUGCCCUGUGGCUCAUUCAAGGCCCCGUGAUGGCUUCUAUUGCAAUCAAUUUCAUUCUAUUUGUUAAUAUUGUAAGGAUUUUGAUGAACAAACUGCGAUGGCCGGAUGGAAGAGGCAAGGACUCCAGCCAAUACAAGAGGCUUGCUAAAUCAACACUAGUGCUCAUCCCUCUCUUUGGAAUCCAUUACAUUGUUUUUGCUUUUUUCCCUUUUGAUACCACAAAUGGCACCAUGGAAGUUCAAGCUCUGUUUGAAAAAGCCCUAGGUUCUUUCCAGGGUUUGGCUGUGGCUGUGCUUUACUGUUUUCUUAAUGGAGAGGUCCGGCAGGAGCUUCACAGAAAAUGGUGGCAGUGGCAUUUAAGGAAGCAUCUUGGUGCUCAUAAACAGCACAGCUCUUCGUUUCCAAAUGAAGUAAGCGGGCUCACUCAAGUCUUGCAGCUGACAAAGCCUGGACCUCAGGAGGAAAGGCAACCUUCUCACCCAAUUCUGAGUAAACUAUAAAAGUUUCCAGGGCAGACAAGAACAUGCUAAUAACUCAGAGGAAACAAGAAACUUGCAUUACCUAAUCGGGCAUUGUAGUUCAGGACUUAAAAGCUAGUUGUUAGCUCUACCUGGAGACUGAUUUAGGCUAUGGGCCUUACCUUGCCAACAUGUAGAUUAUUUUGGAAAGAUGAUGUGUGAAAAGCAAUUUCCAAAUGGAAGGCUCAUCCCUCUCAACUUGCUGGUUUUGUUCUUUGGAAUCUAUCAUUUCAAAAGUGUCUACCCUGUUUGGUUUCUUACUGGAGUGAGGAUUCUGAACAACAUUGCCGUUUUAUAAAUGGCUCUGACUUAUAAACUGGUUAUAUCUCUUUUGAAAAUGUUGCAUUGUGUGAACAUGAUAAAAGGGUACGUUUUUUGAGCAGAGAGAAAAGGUAUCCCUUUGGUAUCAAACCCAUGCCCACAAUUGAUCGAGGAAUUUUGCUAGGCGUUGUAUACGGACAUUUGAGUUUGCUGUUUAGGAGCUUUGGAAAUUCAGUUACCACAAAGGCCUUUACAACUUCCUCUUGAGAGCUGAUUGUGGCUCUGUGGGACUUGGGGCUGCCACCUGGAAGCUAGCUAAAAACAAUUCACACUGUGAGAGAUUGCUGUGUAUCUUCAAUCCGUCUAAGACAGACAGUUGGAUUAGAAAGAUGCCCAUUCUUCUGACAUGAUUUCUUCUUGUAUUCUGGGCCUAAUUCAAGAGAUUGCUUUGACAAAGCUCCAAUGAAUUUGGGAGGUGCCAGGCAUAUACCUGUCUGUCUGUGUAUGCGCCUUCAACUAGUGUUGAUGCCUGGUGAUGCCUGGACAAGUUCCUGCAAUUUUCUUGGCAAGAUUUUGGAACUGGUUUGUCCUUUCUGGGGCUAAGAGAGAGAAAAUGGCUCAAGGUUUCCCAGAUGUUUUAUGCCUAAGGCGGGACCCAGUCUCCCAGCUUCUAACCUGAUAUUUUAACUACCACAGAACAGAACAAAAUUCUUUAUUGGCCAAGUGUUAAUGUGGCUUUAUGUAUCUAAUGCCUCUUCCCAGUUCUGUGGUACUAGAUUUUCCAGCAUCUCUGACCAUUAGCCAUGCUGACUUGAACUGAUAAUAGAUAGAAUCUAGGAAGGUCUGGAGAGUGUUUUUCAACCUUGACCACUUGAAGAUGUAUGGACUUCAAUUCUCAGAAUUCCGCAGCGAGCCAAAAAUUCUGAGUUGGUUCACACACCAUCAAACUGCUAAGAUUGCAAAACACUGAUUUGGAGCUCUAUGGAGAU